AUCCCAGCCCAUCUUCAUGGAGCAAGGAACAAAGAUCAGCCAUAACAGAGCUAGCUACUCACUGAUCUUAUUCACUCCCUCCGGCCAUGGCGACCAUGGAUUUCCUCUCUGAUUCCGUCUCUUUGACAGUCACAGCUCUGGCUGUGGUUCUUGCUAUACUCGUAUUCAAAGCCAUAUCUACCAAAACAUCUUCGCAGAGGGGGACGAAGAAGCGCUAUCACCCGAUUGCUGGUACCAUCUUCAACCAGUUACUCAACUUCCACAGGCUGCAUCACUACAUGACUGAUCUCGCCAUCAAGUAUGGUACUUAUCGGUUGCUCAGCCCGUUCAGAAAUGAGGUUUACACUGCCGAUCCAGUAAAUGUCGAGUACAUGCUCAAGACCAACUUCGCGAAUUUCGGGAAGGGGUUGCAUAACUAUGAAAUCUUGAGUGAUCUACUCGGCGAUGGGAUCUUCACGGUUGAUGGUGAAAAGUGGCGACACCAGAGAAAGGUCUCGAGCUACGAGUUCUCGGCCAAGGUGUUGAGGGACUACAGCAGUGUGGUCUUCCGAAGGAACGCAGUCAGACUCGCCAAGAUGCUGUCCGACUCUGCAGCAUCGAACCAGAUAUUUGAUAUCCAAGAUCUAUUUAUGAAAUCAACUUUGGAUUCGAUAUUCAAAGUCGGAUUUGGUGUAGAACUUGAUAGCAUGGGUGGAUCGAGUGAAGGAACUAAGUUCGCCCAGGCAUUCGAUGAUUCAAGUGCACUGACCCUGUGGCGUUACGUUGAUAUUUUCUGGAAGAUCAAGAAGUUUCUGAAUAUCGGAAAAGAAGCAACCUUAAAGAAGAACAUCAAAGUGAUCGACAACUUCAUGUAUAAGUUAAUCCGCAGCAAGAUUGAACAGAAGCAAAACUCAGAUAAUGAUACAUCUUUGAAGAAAGAUGACAUCUUGUCAAGGUUUCUGGAACUGAACGAGACAGAUCCACAGUACUUGAGGGACAUAAUCCUCAAUUUCUUAGUUGCAGGGAGGGACACAACAGCAACCACCCUGUCUUGGUUCCUCUACAUGCUAUGCAAGCAUCCUCGCGUUCAAGAAAAGGUUGCACAGGAGGUGAUGGAAGCAACCAGAGCGAAAGAUGCAUCCUCUUAUGAUGAGAUAGCAGCCCAUCUGAACGAUGAAGCCCUCGACAAGAUGCAGUAUCUCCAUGCAGCCCUCUCAGAGACUCUCAGACUCUAUCCUGCCGUUGCAGUGGAUGCGAAAAUUUGCUUCUCAGAUGAUACCUUGCCAGACGGAUACAGCGUGAAUAAAGGAGACAUGGUCGUCUAUCAACCUUAUGCCAUGGGCAGGAUGAAAUUCAUUUGGGGUGAAGAUGCCGAGGUUUUCCGGCCAGAAAGAUGGCUCAACGAAGAUGGUCUUUUCCGGCCAGAAAGCUCCUCGAAGUUCACAGCCUUCCAGGCGGGGCCAAGGAUUUGUCUCGGGAAAGAAUUUGCAUACAGACAAAUGAAAAUAUUUUCAGCUCUGCUGUUGAGUUGCUUCGUGUUCAAGCUGAGCGACGAGAACCAAGUCGUCCAUUACAGAACUAUGCUCAAUCUUCACAUUGAUGGGGGGCUCUAUCUUCGGGCUUUCCACAGGCUUAGACUGGGCUCCGAGAACCCAGAAAAAAUUGCGUGAAUAUAUCUAAUAUCUGUGUUUUCUUGUCCGCUAUUGGUAUUUGCUGUAAUUUUAUAUAGAUAAUGUACGUCGGUGUGCAUGUGAGUCGAAAAAGAUUCAAUAAGAAAACGAUGUCAUAUACGACAGUCCAAGUAUAUCCCUCGAAAUCCGUCCCAAAUAUAUUGUUAGUGACACGUCGGGCCAAUAAUGUAACUGGUGGUCCCAGGUGACGCAUAGAGGGUUGUAAAGUCCAACAAUGCUUAUCUCUAUCUAUUACAAACCUACUUGUUCUCGUGGAACUUUUGUAAGUUUGGUAUUCAAUUAUAUGUUUUAUGACCUCCAUCGGUCAAUAGACCGGAUAUUCGUUUA